UGAAGAAGAAGAAAGACGGGCAAUGCAAAAGAAGAAAUUGGAAGAAUAUCCUAAGAGUAUAUCAACCACUUCUCUGUUCUCACCGCGCAAAGAUUUUCUUUUUUCGCGCGCUGUAUAAAACGCAAAGCAAAAUCGAUUUAAGCUGUAAGAGGGAAAGGGAAAAACUCCUUCGAGUUCCAAUCCAAAGCGUGUUCAAUCCCGUUUUCAAUCUCAAUCUCUCUCUCUCUCUCUGUAAAACGAACUUGGGCGCUCACACUUCCUAAAAGAUGCCUUCUUCUAUGCCCAUUUGAUGAGCCCUUCUUCUUCCACCGUUGCUUUUUAUCGAUCUUCGCCUUUGCAGAUUCCCCUCCAGUUUUUUUUCCUCUUCAUUGCUUUCCCAGGCCGAGAAUUUCCCAUCACUUCCUUUCUCUCUUAGAGAUUCUCCUCUUCCUCUUCUCUCUCCGUGCUGCUUUUAGCGAUGCCUAAUUCAUUGUUCUUCAAUCCCUUUUCUUCCAACCCCUUAUUUCCCUUUCUCUCUCUCUGGGUCCUUUUAGGUUUCUCAACCCCUCUUCUGUUGGAUCGUGUUCCGCCAAUUGAUAUACAAUCAAAAACCCUUUAUCGAGUUCCAUGGAUCUAUCUCAUCCUUGCAUUUCCGGAACUACAGUAUUUGGGAUCUUGGGUCUGUUGGGAUUUUUCCUCGUCGAUUUCUUUUUCUUCCUCAUAUGCAAAGAAAAAAUCUGGGUGGAUGAAAUGGUUGAGCAAAAUUGUCCGGCCAGGACCCAACAGGGGAGGCGGCGGCAGUGGCAGUGGCGGCAGCCCUCCACAGCAGCUUCUUGGUGAUCAGGAGAACAUAGUCUGGCGAGCUCCGGCGAGAUCAACGGACGAUUCUUCUAGAGCUAAGAAGGAGAAAGAAGAACUAGACCAUGCAAUUGCACUCUCCUUAGAUGAAGAUUUCAAAAGGCAAAACCAAAAUGAUGAAGCAAUUUCUAGAGAACUGCAGGGCAAGAUGACUUUAUCGCCUUAUCCUUAUGUUGCCCCUCCUCAGUUUCUUCCUGGUGACUAUAGCUUUCCACUUACCGAGCACGAGAUUUCAAUGUCUGGGAAUUAUCCAUAUCACCGGUCUUAUUUCAAAGAGCUGACCCAUCCUAAGUGUGAAGUCUGCCACCAAUUUAUCCCUACAAAUCGAGCUGGUUUGGCUGUACACAGAUGUAGUCGCUUUUGGUCUCAGAAGUAUUGUCUAUCACAUGAACUUGACAAGACAGCCUAUUGUUGUAGUUGCAGACGUUUGGAGUCUUGGAAUGCAAGAUAUAUCUCCUUGGGGGACGGGCGGAGCCUAUGCCUAGAAUGUCUGGAGUCUGCUGUCAUGGACACCGGAGACUGCCAACUGCUCUACCACUCCAUUCGAGACUAUUACGAGGGAAUGAACAUGAGAAUAGAUCAGCAAAUUCCCAUGUUUCUAGUUGAAAGACAAGUUCUAAAUGAAGCUAUUGUUGAGGAGAAACAUGGCAACCGUCGCUUGCCUGAAAAUAGAGGUGUAUGCCUUUCUGAAGUACAACGUAUCACAAGUAUCGUCAAGAGGCCAAAAAUUGAAGGGCAUAGACUUGUAGGAAUGAGAACUCAACGGCAGAAGCUGAUCCGUAAUUCUGAAGUUAUAGCCAUUCUUGUUCUUUUUGGUUUCCCAAGAUUACUAACAGGAUCUAUUCUGGCACACGAGUUGAUGCAUAGCUGGUUACGGCUAAAGGGAUAUCGCAACAUUAAACGGGAGGUGGAAGAAGGUAUCUGUGAAGUGCUUUCCUACAUGUGGCUCGAAUCUGAAGUAAUGUCGGGGCUUAGAUCAAGACCUUCGUCAUCAACUGCGUCCUCAUCUUCUUCUUCUUCUUCCUCGUCUCACUACUCUUCAUCAUCAAAGAAAGGUGGUAAUUCUUCUACCGAAAAGAAACUGGGCGAGUUUUUCAUGUACCAAAUAGUAAACAGUCCUUCAAAAAUUUAUGGGGAUGGUUUCAGAGCUGCUAAUGUUGCAGUGAAUAAAUAUGGGUUGCGUCGGACACUCGACCAUAUUCACAUGACUGGAAGUUUCCCUAUAUAAUAAAAACAUGCUGUCUGGAUGGUUUGAUGUGGGAAGACAUGAUUUCUAUUACCAGAUAGAGAUCAAUAUAGAGUUUUAGAUAGAUCUGGUUCAAAAGCAGUCUCUUUUCUAAUAACAUGUAUUUCUUCUUCUAACUUGGCAUUACAAGUUUCCCCUCUUUGCUUU